AAACCGUUCAAAAAUUAUUUUGAUAGUUUCUCUACAAAAUAGCGCAUUUUUAAUAUUAAUAUCUGGAAAAUUCAAUUAACAGUGGUUAUGUAAUUGGACUUUUGAAUAUAUUUAUUAUGAAUUCUCCUGUGUUGAGUGCAGAUUUGUUCAUAAUAGACUCUAGUGGGAAAGAAAGGAAGGAUUACUUAACGUGGAAUGAAAAUGAAUUGAAAACGUUCAAGGAAAUGGUUAUCGAACACAAUAUAAAUUGUCGAUUAGACGAUAUGUUCCUCUUGAGUUUCCUUAGAUCCAGAAAGUUCGAUAAAGAAAGAGCAAUUAAAUUAUUAAGAAAUUAUUACUCUACGAGGAAGAAGUAUCCGGAUAUAUUCGGGGAAUUUAAUCCUGUGGCCACUAAGAAGUAUCUUGACACGAAAAUUGUUUCGUUUCUACCUCACACGGAUCAAGAUGGUCGAGUUGUGGGAUUGGUCCAAGUCCCCUACUGGGAUCCUUCGAAUGUACACAUGAAAGACGUUUUGAAAUGCCUGUUAAUGUAUCAAGAUGCGGGACUAACAGGACAUUUAAUUCAAGUCAACGGUUUGGUAGUAAUUUGGGAUGCUAAAACAUUAUCGUGGAGACAUGUUUUACAAUUAACUCCAAGCACAAUAUUUUGCAUGACUUCUCUUUUAUUUACAGCCAUUCCAAUUAGAUAUAAGGAAAUUCAUGUUGUAAAUAUUGGAAAAUUUGGAUAUCUUUUUUACAAUGCAUUACGACCGUUUCUUCCGUAUAAAAUUAGAAAAAGGAUCCAUAUACAUAGUUCUGAAAUUGAAUCUCUGCACAAAUUCAUCGAUUCUCAAUUUCUUCCCGAAGAAUAUAAAGGCGAUUUACCUCUUCACGAUCCAGCUGAGUGCAUUGAAGUUAUAUUAAAAUUCCAGGAAUAUUUUGAAGAUAGUCAAAAAUAUUACAGCUGAAAAGAAAAAGAAUUGAAUCGUUUCAGCUAAGAAUUCGUCUAAUUAUUGUAUAAAAUAAUAAACUUUAUCACUAUCCUGGUAUAAUGUAUGUCUAGUAUUUUAUGUAAUUUUUCAAUUUAAUAAAAUUGAUA